AUGAAGGAACGAUUGUUACAAUGGUUCGUUCUCGUAUUGGUGAUUGCCUCCGUUGUUGGCGGAGAGGAGAGCAAUUCUAAAGACGAUGAGGAUGACAGUUAUGAUCUAAGGACCAACGAUGUAGAUGAACACGAUGAUGCUACCAACCGUAUGCUGCAGCUCAUCAAUAAUGCUGCCAUGAAAAUUGUUGAUGCUCCUGAUUUAUCAAAGGAAAAAUCUUCUGAUCAGUCUCAAGAACAAUUAAAAACAGAAGAUUUAGACGCCACUGAUAAUUUACAGCUAGUUAAAUUUCCUACUGUUGGUUUGUUUAACUACUGGGCAGAUAUGUCAAAUGAUGACAUAAGUAUACAAAAUAUGAAAAAUGAUGAUGAUAAUGAUGACGACAUUGAUGUAACGGAUUGGAAGGAACCAGUUAGAGGUCUUCCGAGUUCGUCUAGAGAAGAAGAAGCGGAACAAUUAUAUCAGGCUGGUUUGAAAAAAUUGAAAUCAACCCUUGGUGAUCAUUUAGAUGCUUAUGAAUACUUCUACAGAGCUCAAACUUUAGACCACGAAGAAGCAAAAGCAAAAUUUGCUUUCGCUCUCUUAUUUGGCUUGAAAUACACUCAAGAUAUACCCAAAGCAUAUGAAAUAUUCAAUGAAUUAUCAAAAAAAGGAAAUCCAGAUGCUCAUUUGGGUAUGGGUUUCUUGUAUGCGGUUGGAUUACACCUUCCUGUGAGUCAGCCAAAAGCGCUUGUACAUUAUGUUAUGGCUGCAGUAGGCGGUAAUGUAUUGGCCCAAUUAGCAUUGGGAUACCGAUAUUUCGCUGGAGCUACUGUGGCAUACAGUUGUGAAAAGUCAUUGGAAUACUAUCGAGCAGUUGCAAACAAUGUGGCAAACGAGUUAUCUUUAUCUGGUGGACCGCUCGUGCAACGUAUAAAGUUAAUGGAGGAAAUGGACAAUCCAAAUUAUAAUAGUGGAAUUGUAGAUUCUGAUUUGUUAGACUAUUAUAAAAUGUUGGCUAAUAAAGGAGAUGCUCAAGCACAAGUUGGAUUAGGCCAGUUAUAUUUACAAGGUGGUAGAGGUGUACCAAUCGAUAUACAAACUGCAUAUUAUUAUUUUCAAAGAGCAGCCGAGAAUGGUAAUGGUCUUGCAUAUGGUUUUCUUGGGAAGAUAUUUUUGGAAGAGCGAGAUGAUGUUAAACCAGAUUAUGAAAAAGCUCAUGAAUAUUUUUAUAAAGCUGCAAAAUUGAAAAAUCCAGUUGGUCAGAGUGGUCUUGGUUAUAUGUAUUUGCAUGGUCUCAAUGUAGCUCAGGAUUACUCAGAAGCUUUAAAUUGGUUCACCCUGGCUGCUGAACAAGGUUGGGUUGAAGGACAUUUAUAUGUGGGAAUCAUCUAUUACAAGGGAUUAGGCGUAAAACGAGAUUAUAAAUUGGCAGUUAAAAAUUUUGGCUUGGCAUCUAAGUCUGGUAAUUUGUUGGCUUACUUCAAUAUGGCACAAAUGCAUGCAUCUGGUAUUGGUGUGCUGCGUUCCUGUACAACUGCUUUAGAGUUAUUCAAAAACGUCGCUGAACGUGGUAAAUGGGGUGGAUAUUUAAUGCACGCUUACAAUUCAUAUAAGGAAAAUCAAUUUGAAGAGUCGUUUGUUUUAUAUUCUUUCUUGGCUGAAAUGGGGUAUGAGGUAGCACAAAGCAAUACAGGAUUCAUAUUAGAUAGAGGAGAUGUUAACAUCUGGGAAACUGAAAAAGAACGCUAUGUCCGUGCAAUGAUGUAUUGGAGUAGAUCAGCUGCUCAAGGGUAUGCAGCGGCACAGUUGAAACUGGGAGAUUAUCAUUAUUAUGGUCUCGGGACUAAAAUAGAUUUUGAGUUAGCUGCUAAUCAUUAUCGACAGGCAUCUGAGCAACACCACAAUGCCCAGGCAAUGUUCAAUUUGGGUUAUAUGCACGAAAUGGGCUUAGGAAUGGAACAAGACAUCCAUUUGGCUAAACGAUGUUACGAUAUGGCUGCAGAAACUAGUCUAGAUGCAAAAGUGCCUGUAUUUUUAGCCUUAACUAAACUUAAUCUAUUUCACAUGGUAAACGAUUAUUACACUGAAUUUCUAAAUUUUAUUAAUUUUCUUUCAAAUGAUGUUGCUGAGCCAAUGGGUUUCAAUUGGGAUUUAUAUUUGAUAGCCGUACUAUUUGCAUUACUUUCCUAUAUAAUAUAUUUGCGAAGACCAAAUAGGCAGCCACAAAAUGUGUAA